UUUCUUCAAAAGUUUACUCAUAUAUUAGCACAUCGCAUUGUAUGAAACUAUGUCAUGAGAAACCAGUGCAUGCACAAAUUUUACAACAAAUGCUUACAGAUCAUGAGCAAAAGAAAUUAAAGCAAAAUGAAUUUUCCAUCCACUAUUCCUCUUGCAUUUCCUACCUAUUUGUUCAUUUUCUUUGUUCUAGUUAAUUGCUACCAAGGUGAGGCUACAAAUGGAGACAACAAGGUUAUAUCUAUAGGUGCAAUAAUUGAUGUUAACUCUCGGGUUGGGAAAGAACAGCUUGUAGCCAUGGACCUUGCAGCUCAAAGUUACAAUAACACUUCCAAGAGCCACAAGAUGGCUCUUCAUUUUCAGGAACCCACCAAAGAUCCCUUCAGACCCACUUCUCUUGCUAGAAAGAUGAUUAAAACGCAGAAGGCGCAAGUGAUUAUAGGAAUGCACGCAUGGACAGAAGCAGCUUCAGUGGCUGAAUUAGGACGCAAAACUCAAGUUCCGGUCAUAUCCUUUGCAGCACCUACCAUUACCCCACCAUUGCUGCCAACUCGCCUGCCAUUCUCGGUAAGAAUGGCCAACGAUGGUACUGCAUAUGCAAAAUGUGUUGCAGAUAUGGUACGUGUUUAUAGUUGGCAGAGAGUAGUAGUCAUUAAUGAAGAGGGAGAUUAUGAGAUGCUAGCACUGCUAUCUGAGACCCUCCAAGAGGUUGGUUCAAUGAUUGAGUACCGUUUAGCUCUUCCAUCACCUUCUUAUCGAACUAAUCCUGGAGAGUUCAUACGCGAAGAGUUGAAUAAGUUGAUUAAAAAUACACAAUCCCGGGUGUUCAUUGUUCUGCAAUCAUCAUUAGAAAUGGUGAUUCAUUUGUUCAGAGAAGCUGCACAAUUGGGACUUGUGGAUGGAGAAUCGGCUUGGAUAAUCCCAGAGAGAAUAACAAAUUUGCUUGACUCUGUCAACAAGUCUUCUAUUUCCUACAUGGAAGGAGCUUUAGGAAUCAAGACCUACUACUCUGAAGAUAGCAGUGAGUAUCAAGAUUUUGAGGCUCAGUUCCGGAAAUCUUUUCGGGCCAAGUAUCCUGAGGAGGAUAACCGCGAUCCGGGAUUUUACGCUCUGCAAGCAUAUGAUAGCAUUAAAAUUGUUGCACAAGCAAUAGACAGAAUGGCCAGUGGCAGAAAGACUUUGUUAACCGAAAUACUGUCUAGCAAUUUCCUUGGCUUGAGUGGAGAAAUUCGAUUCGAAGAAGCGCAACUCUUGCCAAAUCCUACCUUCAGGAUUGUAAAUGUAGAUAAGAAGAGUUACAGAGAAUUAGACUUCUGGACUCUAAAACGUGGGUUCAUCACUAACCUCACUACAGAACAAGGUUCAAAUAGUGUUUCUAGGAACACAGAAAGUUUAAGUGCCGUAGUAAUAUGGCCAGGGAAACUAAAUAGAGUUCCAAAAGGAUGGAAUCUGCCUACUAAACAAAAGCCAAUGCAAAUAGCAGUUCCUGGAAGAACCUCCUUUUCCAGGUUUGUCAAGGUUGAUCGUGAUGAGCUUACUAAUUCAUAUAAAUAUAGUGGAUUCUGCAUUGAAAUUUUUGAGAAGGUGUUAGACAUUUUGGGGUAUGAUCUGCCGUAUGAGUUUCAUCCCAUCAAUGGAACCUAUAGCGAUCUGGUUCAACUUGUCUAUAACAAGACUUAUGAAGCAGUUAUUGGAGACACGACCAUAACAGAAGCCAGAUUGCAAUAUGUAGACUUUACUGUGCCAUAUGCAGAAUCAGGAUUGUCAAUGAUAGUUACAGAAAAGUCCAACGAAUCCACAUGGAUGUUUAUGAAGCCCUUCACCUGGCAAAUGUGGGUGGCAACUGGGGCCGUGUUGACUUACACAAUGGUAGUUGUGUGGUACCUGGAGCGGGAACCAAAUCCUGAGUUUCAAGGCAAUUGGAAAAGCCAAGUCAGCACUGCUCUUAUGUUUACCUUCUCCUCUCUAUUCUUUGCUCACAGGGAGAAAAUCCAUAACGACUUAUCUCGCGUGGUGAUGGUAUCAUGGCUGUUUCUAGUGUUGAUUCUUAACUCAAGCUACACUGCUAGUCUUUCUUCCAUGCUCACAAUUCAACGACUGCAACCAAAUGUGACAGACAUCCUGUGCCUGAAGAAGUACAACAUGAAAAUUGGUUGUGACGGAGAUUCGUUUGUUAGAACAUACCUGGAGAAAGUCGAACAAUUCAAGCCAGAGAACAUCAUAAACAUGGAUAAUGAAUACAGCUAUGAAGAUGCAUUCAAAAACAACUCAAUAGCAGCUGCUUUUCUCGAACUCCCUUAUGAGAAAGUAUAUAUGAGUAAAUACUGCAAGGGAUACUCUGCCUCUGUACCUACCACCAAAUUCGGAGGACUGGGAUUUAUGUUCCAGAAAGGCUCGCCAGUGGCCAGAGAUGUUUCCAAAGCUAUACUGAGGCUCUUGGAGCAGGGAGAACUGAGGAUGUUAGAAGACAAAUGGAUGAACGAUGCAGGAGACUGCUCCAACAAUUCGACCUCAGAGAGUACAGAAAGUUUGAGGCUUGGAAGUUUCUGGGUUCUGUACGUGAUCUCUGGUGCCACUUCUACAAUUUGUUUUCUACUUUAUACAAUCCAGUUGCUGAAAACUAGACAACCAACCCAUGAUGAUGCACAAGAACGUAAUGGCAAUCCAGGUGAUGAAAACCGAUGGAAAAGGAUAGUUAUAAUUGCUAAGCAGAUUUAUAGCAGAAAGCAUGCGACAGUGACACCCGUUCCUCACCAGCCCCAGGCUCCACAAUUACCAGAUAUCAUAACAGUGUCUUCGCCACCAACUGUUGCUAUUCAAAACUCUUGAUCAUCUAGCACACAUGUAACCAACAAUUAAGUUUUUUCAUUCAACUCUAGAUCUAGGAAGGUAACUUGGGAAGGAAAGUAUUUCAGUCAGUACCCAUUUUUACUAUCCUGCUUUUGUACCUUAGUCACUAACUUUAAAAAAUCAAAUCAUUUUCAGAACAUCAGAAGCUAUAUGAACCUUGUAAAUUGUUUAUUGUAAUGGGUAGGAAGUGAAUGUAUUUAGAUUGA